AGUUGAUUGCAGCUGAUGAUGUAUUUUGUAAAUUUCUAUUGUUUUUUGUAUUAAUUUUGUAAUUGAGACAGCGCAAAAUAACGACUUAAUUCAAAUUACAUAGUGAUAAUGACUUGGAUUAUCAGAACUAUGUUAUAAAGCAAUAAUUAAUGUGUCAAAGUAAUGUUUAGUUAAACAUCUGUCGUCAUAAUCUGUCGGGUGUUUUAUUUUUACUUUCAGUUUUAAUUAUUUUUAAAUACGAGUUCAAGCGUGGGUAUCCCCAAUUGUUGAAAAAAACGAAUAAGGACAACUUUUUCAUUCAUUCAUUUUUUGAGAUGAUCUUUUUGGAAAGAUAGAUUUUUGAUCAUCUCUUUCUUAUUUUGUUUGAGAAUAAGUUGAAUUUGAACACAGUUUACAAAUACUCACCAGUGUAAAUAGGGAUAUGAUUUACAAAAGUUCAAAUCUUAACUCUUAAUUUAGACUUUAAAAUACUUAAAAGUUCAGUUAAUAAGGUUUCAGUUUGUGUAAGCCGUGGCUGUAUUUUACUGAACGACUUUCAACCACUGUUAAAACUGGUUAAACUUAACAUUCUGUAUAGUAUUUUUUUUUAAAUUUAAGUUUAAUGGAUUGCUGGUUCUUUCUAACGUAAAAUUAGGACGACGUUUUAGUUUCUAUACUAUUACUUACUAAGAGUGUUAAUAGACCUUAACUAGGAAUAAUAUUAAUAGCAUGAAAAAACAAGUAGUUCUGGUCACAAUAUUAAAAGCGGAAACUAGAGUUUUCCGUUUUCUUCAUCUUUUAUAAUGUCGUGAAUAAUCAUUAACUUGAUUGAGUUAGUUUUUUGCAACCAUUUCGUUGUGAGUGAUAGUUGAAACGAGUUUUUAGUUCAACUGUUAUCAACUUCAAGACAUAAUACUGCAUAAGAACUGGACUCUUGCAUUCAUCAAACAGCUUCACAGAUCCAAGUGUCCUGAUAAAUGAGUGAUAUUAUGGAUGAAAUGUCUCUCAGUGUUUUUGCUGUACAUACAGCAGAAUAUAUCAAAGAUCGACUCUACUUUGCUACAUUAAAGUCCACAGGAAAACCGAAGUCUACAACUUCAAUUCAUUACUUUUGUACAGAAGAUGAGCUUACCUAUGAAAGUUUCUAUUCUGAUUUUGGACCUCUUAAUUUGGGUAUGCUUUAUCGUUAUUGUUGCAAGUUGAACAAAAAAUUAAAGUCUUAUUCUUUGACAAAAAAGAAGAUUAUUCAUUAUACAUCGUGUGACAGUAAGAUGCGUGUCAAUGCUGCUUUCCUCAUAGGAUCAUAUGCAAUAAUUUAUUUGAAAAGAACUCCAGAAGAAGCUUAUCAACCACUUGUCGGAAUUUCAAGUCCACCUUUCAUUCCCUUCCGGGAUGCAUCAUUUGGCCCAUCAACCUAUAACCUUACUUUAUUAGAUUGUUUCCAUGCUGUCAGUAAGGUAAGUCUAGCCUAA